CAGAAUUUCACACUACAAAUGGCGCUAUAUAAGCACUGCCUGGAACCCAACUUGGAUUGACAAGGGCAGAGCAGUCAGUCUCAUGCUUGUCUGCUAUCUCUGGAAGGAGAUCGCCUUGGGGACCCAGCAGCUCUGGAAUUGUGUUGAAACGUACUGGGAACAUAAAGAUCACAUCUUGCUGGAGAGGUCUGGCCGAGGCCCGCUCAAGGUGCUGGCUUCUGGCGAAUUGAAACCCCGUUAUGCUGUUGCGCGCGCUCUCCAAAAUGUGGAACAUUCAUCCCGAAUCCAAGAGCUGUACUGGACAGGGUCCUUGAACGGAGAAUACUUUGGAAUGCCUGCGCCUUCGUUGAGGUCUCUUGCAUUGCAAGAUGACAAGAGUCAUAUGCCAGAUGGGACACUCAACCUCUUCGACAAUCACACCCCGUGUCUGGAGCGCCUGUCACUGUUAUGUUUGUUUUGGCUGCCCAGCAAUGCAUUCGUCAAACUGACAUUCUUGGCUCUCGACGAAUGCGAGGUACCCAAAGCUCCCAUCAAACUACGCAGCAUGCUUGCGGAAACACCAAACCUAGUCGAUCUCAUCCUGCGAAAUGUGGCUGACGAUAGCAACCGGGUUCCGAGUCGAGUGGAAACUGAGCCUGCGGACAUGAAGCCUGUGUCGCUCACUCGGUUGCGCCGGUUACUGAUCAAGGAUAUGUGGGUCGAUGACAUCGAUUAUGUCUUCCGGGAUGCUCAGCUCAAUGAAGACGUGUCCAUCUCGAUCAAAGCGAUGCCGUAUAAUGAUGAUGAGCGGCGAGUUUUGGAAGUGGUAUCCAGUUGGUCGUUGAAUGCCUUGAAGCAACCCACACAACUGCAUUUCCAGCGGCGCAUCGCCAUCAUCACUGGAGCCUCUUCCGGUUUCCGUUUUGAGCCCCGGCGAUGCAGGACCCUCGAAGAUUGGACCGCAUUCAACUGGCCAUGGAUUCUUCCCCUUUCCAGCAUCUCGCACUUGUGCAUGUUCGAGUUGAAGGCAUACAAGGGGCGUGGUCUUGAACGUGUCCGCAACCUUCUUAGGCAGAUGACCGCGCUUCAGACACUGUCUGUCAGCAUUGAUGUCCUGACGAAGAUCGUCGACACACUCACACUCUUGCGAGAGCCAACCGACCCGCCUCUCUGUCCCACACUGACGACGCUACGUAUCGCCAUCCAGAAAGAUAGUGACUGUGACGUCAUCCUGGACUCGGUCCGCUCGCACCGUGCGCAGCUUGGCAUCAAGCACCUGUAUAUCGGGCUGGUCAAUCCUCAGAAUGGGCACUGGACACCUCGCCAAACUGUGAAGGACCAGCUGCAAGGCAAUUUCGAGUCGGUGAAUUUUGGGAUGCUGUUGUAUGAAAAGGCAUACGGCAUUACUUCGCCGCUGGUUUGUGAUGAGGAGGCGCAUCGUUUGUGGCUGCCCUGGCUCUACGACGCGGACGGGGAAUCGGAAUCGGAAUCAGAAAGUGACUCGUCUGACUCGUCAUGGGAUUCUGACUCUGAUUAGGAUGUAUCAACGCACGGCAUGAAAGGAUGGUGAGACCCGUUUUGCAAGUAUUGUAGCUGACAGGAUUUAUCUCACCUGCUAUAUCAUCUUAGCUGUAAUGUACCGUGAAAUCUCAUGUAUGGAUGGAUGGAUGGAUGUAGCUUUGUACCCUAAUGUCAAUAGUAUCAGCUUAUAUCUCCAC